GUCCGAGAAAUACCCAAAGGCUGGUCAAUGGUGGCAGGACGUCAUUGUCAAGAAAGUGAACGACUUUUACAAACCCGGAAUUUCUGCCCUAAUCUGCAGCGUAUUCCAAUUUAGUACAAGAAUAAGGACUCAGAUGACUGAGGUUCUCAAACAUACAGAACCCGACCACUUCGACUACGACGAUCUACUGAAUAUCUGCCAUAAAAUCGAAGCGGCAUUGAUGUCUACCAAUACCGAGAAAGGAGAAAUGGAGAACAACGAAAAGUAUUACAGCUAUCUGGCUUUGAUCGACAAUCUCGAUCGCGAUUUGUAUAGCUUGAUGAAGCCUGGUCAAAUGAUUCACGAAUUCGACUGUGGGUACUCGUUGUCUGUGGAAAACGAGGGCAAGCAGAAGGGUUACAACGUCAAGACAAACAACAAGCUGAUCAUAAUAAAUAGUGCUGCUUUUGUUUUAAGACCAUAUCAGAAUUCUGAUAACAAACGACACUACACGGCCCUGAAGGUCGUCCGAUUCAACGACGUGGACAUCAUGUUUGCUGUACCUGAGGGUACCCUGCACUUUGUCGUCUUAACUAAAGACCGUGAAGGCGACAGCGACCGAUUCAUUGUGCACUUCAAGGACUUAAAAUCACGGGACAAGGUCCUAGAACUCUUCGUAGAACAACUCAAGUUGAUCUUGCGUACAGCUGAUCUCAAGAUAACACAUGACACAGAUUGCUUCAAAGGAACUGACCAAUCCAGUGGUGGAUCUCAAACCCGCUGA